AUGGGGAACUCCGACGAGCUCAUGAUCUUGUCACCUCUAGUAAGAAGGAAGGAUGUUGAGACGAGGGCGUGGCUUAUUGUUCAAGAGAUUGGAAAGUCACACAUUGAAGAGGUUGGGAAGCAGUCAAUUAUGCGCAGGACAGGAAUUCCAGCACGGGAUCUUAGAGUUCUCGAUCCUAAGCUUUCGUACCCAUCCACGAUACUUGGAAGAGAGCGCGCCAUUGUUCUGAAUUUGGAAAAUCUUAAAGCUAUCGUCACAGCAACUGAGAUGCUCAUUCUGAAUCCAAAUGAUCCUGGUGUUGCGCCAUUUGUCAGUGACCUUGAGCACAAACUCUCUAGUUCUGAUGGCUCCCAACCUAUUGCCAUUCAAGGAAGUGAUGAGGAUAUAAAUGACUCCCCCUCUGGUUUACUUCCUGAACCAAGUGAUGGCAGACCUACAAAUCAUACAAAUACAUCGAAAAUGGGUGGUUCAAAGGUCCUACCUUUCGAGUUCAGAGUGCUUGAAAUAUGCUUGAAAUUUGUUUGCAAGGGCCUUGAAUCCGAGACAUCAACACUGGAGCAAGAAGCAUAUCCAACUUUAGAUAAAUUAUCCACGAGUAUCAACCUGCUUAAUCUCCAACGAGUCAGACUUAUAAAGAGUCGUCUGGUAGCUUUGUUUGGCCGUGUCCAAAAGAUCCGAGAUGAAAUUGAACAUUUGUUGAAUGAUGAUAUGGACAUGGCUGAAAUGUACCUAACUGACAAGAUUGUUAAUCAGCAACUUGAAGAACUCGAACUAGAUGAUGAAACUGAGAAUGAUGCAGAUAUAAUAGAUGAUGACAAUGACGGAGACACGCUGAACAACAAAAACAGCUCUACGAUUCUGACAGCUCAGAAGCCAAGGAUUGAAGAGCUGGAGAUGUUAUUGGAAGCAUAUUUUGUCCAAAUUGAGGGAACAUUAAGCAGAUUAUCAACUAUGCGAGAAUACGUGGACGAUACAGAGGACUACAUCAACAUAAUUCUGGAUGACAAGCAGAACCAGUUGCUCCAAGUUGGAGUUGUGAUGAGCACAGCACUUGUGAUGCUCAAUGUAGGUAUUGUGACCAUAGGUCUGCUGAGCAUUAAUGUUCGCAUCCCUCUCUUUGAUUUUGGAGUCCCUCGGCAAUUUUAUGAAGCCACUGCAGGAAUAGUAGGUGGUUGUACAUUCAUAUAUUUCAUGGCCAUUAUCUGGUUCAAGAGAAAAGGAUUGCUAGGAUGA